UUCACUGGAAAGAAGCCACAAGAAACUGAUGUUUUUGUGUUCUGCAAAAUUCAUUUUCAGCGGGAAGAAAAAAAAGAUGGUAGCAAUGUAAACAAACAACAACGCAGAGAAUUUUAUUCUGUUAAGAAUAAAAUAUGAUACAGCUGUAUAGCUAAAUAUACUAGUGAUGAAGAUUCUCUAUAUUGCUUUUUUGGUGGCUUGUUGCAAGCUCUUAGUUCAAGCUUCAAUAUCAGAUGGUGCUGGAGUCCCUCUACAGCAACCUGAAACAUCUGCAAGUUCAACUAACUUGCCAACAUUUGUUGAAGUAAUGACAAGUUUUCGUUCAAUCUAUUUGAGUUGGUCAGUACCAUACUUUCCCCUUCGUAUGCUGCUUCUAUUUGGGAGAGAUAAAGAAGACCUAGGCACCAUUCAACUUGGAAGUGGAACUCGAAACCAUACUCUGGAAAGUUUAGAACCUGGAACCAGUUAUAAGAUUUUACUUCAAGUGUAUUACAGCUCAGCAGAUCUUGAUACAGUUAGUAAAGUGGUGACCACCGUCCCAAAUUUACCAUCAAUUGCAGGAGAUAAAAUGAAGAUAGAAAUUAGAUUAUUGCUAAUUGAUGAAGGGACAUCAGAAAGUCUUGUGGCAAGAGAAUUGACCAACAAUGUAAAGAAGUUAGUAUCUGACUUCGCCGACGUUAAAAAUGUAUAUGUUUAUUCCAUACAAAAAGAAGUAUCCGGCUUGUAUGUGAUCUUGUAUGUGGAAAUAUUGGAACGGAACACUGGUCAAGCUGUUUUCUACAGAAUAAGAGAUAACAUGAGUCUGUUAAAGGCAAAACAUAUUGGGUUCUGCUACAAAAUAUUUCAAAGAUGUUGUAAACCACUUUAUUUCCAUUCAUUUAAUGAUCAAACAACGUCAAAGAAGGAAAAUGUUUUAAACUUAAAAAUCAUUCCAAAUAACGCCUUCUCUUCUGGUAAAUGCCACAAGUCAUUGGAUAUGGGUAAAGGCGAUGUUACAGUUCAAACUCGUGGUCAACAUUCGUUAGAUGCACUUACAUUUUCUUUAUAUUUUAAACUAAAUCACAUUAAAGGACUGCACCCUAUCAUAUCUUCUGUUAACUACAAUACACAGUUAAGACUUGAAGUUCAAGAUGGCAAGCUGGUGUGGAUGUUUUACAAUAUCCGUAACAGCAAAGGCUUCAUCGUAUCUACACAAAGAAUUCUAAAAGCAAACACAUGGGUGCAUAUUUUAGUGGAUUACGAAGCAAACGGAGGUGUUGGGAGAAUAUUUACAGAUGGUGUAUUCCAAACCAAAGUGUUGAGCCACGUCGCUUUAAGCAGUAAUUGGAUGCUUGGAUUGAGAAUUGGAAAGUAUUACUCUGGUGGGUUGGAUUACAAGAUGGACGGAUAUUUAGAUGAUUUGCAUGUUUUUGAUUGUGUGAUGACUCUGCAACACAUCCAUGUUUUAUCCAAGUCGUGUGGAGAGGUCAUGUGUGAUUCUGUUAAAUUACAAGGUCCAGAUAAAUUUGUGUUAGUGAAACAAACAAAAGAAAAAAGCACAGAUACUGUGGAAAAGAAAAAAGGAGGUGUCAAUAAAUGCAAUCAAGCUGGUUCUCUUCCUAGUACACAAACUGAUAACAAAUGCAGAUGCAAGGAUAAUGUAAAAGGGAAUUACUGCGAUACUUGUGUGGCAGGGACAUUUAACCUGCAACAAGAAAACAAAUAUGGCUGUCUGAAGUGUUUCUGUAAUGGUCUUACAACUGACUGUAGAAGUGCAAAGCUGGAAAGAAAACAGACUGUUUUAAAUGCACAAGAUAUAAGAAACUUAAAUCUCCGUACCAUUGAUGACAGCAAACUUUUGCAAGACAACCUAUUAUACAACCCACUUACGAAUUCAGUAUCGUACAAGUACUCCAGCACAUCAACUUUAACUGAUAUAUACUAUUGGGAAUUACCAUUGCGCUAUUGUGGUGACAAGGUAGCGUCGUAUGGAGGUAAUUUAAGAUACACAAUAUCGUAUCUUUCGCGACCAAUUGAUAAACCACUUUAUGGUGCUGAUGUCGUGCUAAUGGGAAAUAAUCUGGAACUUCACUAUACAGAACGAACUGAUCCAUUACCUGGUCAGCAACACUAUUACCAAGUAAUUCUUGAUGAAAAAUUUUGGAAGCACAGAUCAGGUUACGAAGUAUCUCGUGAAGAGAUGAUUAUUGCUUUGGCUGGUAUUAAAUCGUUCUUGUUGCGUGCAACAUUUAGCAGUGAUAUGAUCGAAACAAAUUUGUAUGAAGUACGCUUAGAUGUCGCAGGUUAUAAUCCACUUUCGUCAAACGAUCAUGUGGCACCCAUGGUCGAAGAAUGUAACUGCCCACCGCAAUACUUUGGUACUUCUUGUCAGCAUUGUAACAAAGGUUAUACCAAAAUAAAGAAUGGAAAGUUACUUGGACGUUGCGAAGAAUGCCAAUGCAAUGGACAUGCAGUAGAUUGUGAUGGUAAAACUGGUCAAUGUCGGGACUGUCAGCAUUACACCACAGGUGCACACUGUGAGAAAUGUGUACCUGGAUACUAUGGUGACCCACGUUCAGGUCAAAUAGAUGCUUGUAGGCCGUGCCCGUGUCCAUUGUCGGUGAAAUCAAAUCAGUUCAGUUCAACUUGCGUGCUGGACACAGAUGGUCAACCCACUUGUGACGCAUGUAAACCAGGUCAUACUGGAAGACAAUGUGAAAGGUGUUUAUCCCCAUUUCUUGGUAAUCCAACGAAGCCUGGUGAUUAUUGCAAAAUUCCGAAAGAAAGCAAAUGUAGGGAUUGCGAUGAAAGAGGAAGUAUUGAUUCCACAUGUGAUCGUUCCACUGGUAACUGUGCAUGCAAGAAAAAUGUAGAAGGACGUAAGUGCACACAGUGUAAGGAAGGCACGUUUAAUUUGGAUAAAAAGAAUUCUGAUGGUUGUUUGUCUUGUUGGUGUUUUGGUGUGUCGUCUACAUGCGACAGUGCAAAAUACUACAGAAGAUUGAUCAAACUUGCAAAUAUUGGGAACGGUUUAAAGAUUACAGAUUUCGAUGAGGCGUUAAACAUAAGACAAGGAUUUUAUGCGAAUACAAAAGAAUUAGUACUAACAGGUGUGGACAAACUUGCCCAAGUUCCUAUGUAUUGGUCCAUGCCAAGAAAAUUUCUUGGAAAUAAGAUUACAUCUUAUGGAGGUCAUAUUUCUUACGUCGUCUCUUACGAAGCAAUAUCUACUGGAAAGCCAUAUCUUAAACCUGAUAUUAAACUUGUGGGCCGAGACCAAGUUUUAAUCACCGAAACAGAUAUUAUCAUUGAAAACAGACAGUUACGACAAAUCAAAGUAACUCUCAAAGAGGAUGACUGGACUACACUUUCCGGCGCGAAAGUAUCACGGGAAGAGUUUUUGAAUGUUUUGGUCGAUCUUAAAAGCCUUCUAAUUCGUGCAACAUACAGUACCGGUACUCGCAUCUCAUCCUUACGUAAUGUCGAGAUGGCUGACUCAGUUGCCUUUAACUUGAGAUUGGGAGUUGCUUCCAGUGUGGAACGCUGCCACUGCCCAAGAGGUUAUACUGGACUGUCUUGUGAGAAAUGCGAUAAAGGAUACACUCGCCAUGUCGAUGCGUUUGGUCCUGGUGUAACAUGUAAAAAAUGUGAAUGCCACAGCCAUUCUGAUAAUUGCGACAAAGAAACUGGUGUUUGUGUUGGUUGCAAAAGUAACACACAAGGUGAUCAUUGCGACGAAUGUAUGGCUGGUUACUAUGGUGAUGCAAUAAAUGGUCGCUGUAAAAGAUGCGCAUGCCCACUAUUGAUUAAAACCAACCAGUUCAGUACAACGUGUGUUUUAAACCAAGAUGGCGGGUAUUCUUGUGACAGAUGUCAACAAGGUUAUGAUGGCAGCAACUGCGGAAAGUGCAGUAAUGGUUACACAGGAAACCCAAUGACACCUGGAGGUACAUGCAAAAAAGUUGCUCAGAGCUAUAACGCUGCACCAUCUGUGCAAGUAGUUCCCAGACGUCGUUCAGAUCGAAAUGAAUCAACAGCCACUUUCAAGUGCACUGUACAUGGAACACAACCAUUAACCAUUAUGUGGGCUCGUAUUGACGGUCGCCCGUUUUCCAAUCGUGUUUACAUACACGAAGAAGGAAAUAGUAAAACCUUGACCAUACGAAAUUUAAAGUUCACUGACCAGGAAACUUAUAUUUGUUCCGGUAGGAAUGAAUAUGGUUUGAAUUCUGUCAGAGCAACGCUGUUAGUUUUAGGUCAUAAGAUGGAACCGAUUCGUGCUAAAGUUACACCAAAAUCAAUGCGUAUUGAACAGGGUGGAGUCGCUCGGUUCUUAUGCAGGGGUCUUAGUCAGUUAACAUCAACGAUCAGAUGGAACCGUGAUGGAAAUCGAAAAUUGCCAAACGAAGCGAUUGUUAAUCAUGGUGUUCUCACUAUACCCGAUGUACAGAGACGUCAUUCUGGGUUAUACACCUGUACAGCAUCGAAUCAAUACACCACAGAUAGAGUGAGUGCACAGCUGAGAGUUGGAGUUGUGGUUCCACCUCAAGCAUCAGUACAACCUUCUUACCAGACUGUUGAUAUUGGGGACAACAUUAAAUUUCGUUGUUCUAUCAAUGGUUAUCCUGCACCUAAAAUAUCAUGGAAGAGAGGUCAUGGAAAAGCUAUGUUAGAUAAUGUAGAAAUCACUGAUAAUUCUUUAAGAAUAAAAAAUGUUGUUAUUGGAAACGAGGGUAGCUAUCAGUGUAUCGCAACCAACCGUGGCGGAAGUGUGACAAGACGAGCCGUAUUGUACGUACGAGGUCCUAACAGCCUACCAACCAUUCUCAUUCAACCUUCCGAACGAUAUGCCAAACCGGGAUCUCUUGUUAGAUUUUUAUGUUCAAUCAGUGGCUCCUCAGCUGAGAUAACCUGGAGAAAGAGUAAUGGAAAGUUACCGCUUAGAAGUUUCAUCCGUAACGGCGAGUUGCAGAUCUCAUCAGUUGCCCAUGUCGAUCAGGGUUUGUACACCUGCUCGGCAAAAAAUGCGUAUGGCACCGUAUAUGCCACAGCCAAACUUGUUGUUUUACUGGAGCCAGGGUAUAAACCAACAACUCUAUUAUCACCAAAGUUUGCCACAGUUAUUGAAGGAAAGUCUAUUUUCAUCAAAUGUAAUGUCACUGGUUCACCAUCUCCUCUUGUCUUGUGGAGCAAGCCAAAUGGACUACUUACUAGCAAUCAUGUUGUUAAAGGUCAUGAACUGCAUAUUAUUAAGGCAGUUCCGACAGACAGUGGCACUUACGUAUGCACUGGUCAGAACAAGCUUGGUGUGCACAGUUCAACAUCAGUUAUCUCAGUUGAAAGGCGAUUGUCUCCAAAGUUAACAGUUACCGGUCCUCAUCACCGAACAGUAUAUGCUGGUGAUAAAACAACUUUCUUUUGUAAGUCAACUAGUGGCAUCCCAAAGCCAACUUUACAUUGGAUCAGUUCAGGUGGUUAUCGUGUAUCAUCUCGUUACAUUAAAGAAUCACAUGGUGGGUUAUUGUUAAAGUUUGCAAAGUUAUUUAAAAGCCAUGAAGGAAAUUACUCUUGUGUCGGUAUAAAUAUUGCUGGUAGAGUGGAAGAGAAAGUCUCAAUUAAAGUGAAAGGAGACCCAAGAGUGCAUCUUAAACCAAGAGGACUACGACAUGUUGCUAAUGGCGAUAAGAUCAAAAUUGAAUGUUAUGGCUUUGGUCACCCUGUUCCUGCUGUUGUGAUGGCUUUUCCAAGUUCCAUUAACAUAUCAACCAAAGAUGUCAAAAUAAAUAAUACAAAAGGAUAUUUAAGAGUGGAAUUUGUGGCUGAUUUUGAUUUCUCUGGCAUGUAUUCUUGCAAGGGAGCAAGUGCUUUGGGUGAAAAACAUGACUGGCUCAAUAUAAGAGUGAAUAGUGAGGAUAAAGUACCAACAGCUAGUAUUCUUCCAUCACAAGUAACUGCUAAGGUUGGUGAUGAAGUGAAGUUAUUCUGUGAUGCAAGAGGUGUGCCUAACCCAAAAGUUUAUUGGACUAGAGAUAAUAGCCGGACAAAAAUAUCACACAGACGUCUCUUGCAUAUUGAUUCGGUAGAAGAAAGUGAUGCUGGGGAAUAUCACUGUCGCGCAAAAAACAGGAAAGGUAGCAGCAGAGUGUCUGCAACCUUAGACAUUGUUGUCCCACCCACAGCCAAAAUAUCUCCAGAAUAUGUUGUAAUAAAAAAAGGAAGGUCAUUUAACUUGAAGUGUCAAGUACUUGGUUCACCACCACCUACAAUUGAAUGGAAAAAAGUUGGUACAAACGAACUUUCUUAUCAGUCCCUUCUUAGCUUUGACAAUGAAUUAGUUGCAACAGCAGCAAGAACCGAAGAUGCAGGAACAUACGUUUGUACUGCUAAAAACAUCCAUGGCGUUUCUAUAUCUUCGGCUGAAGUUACCGUAGUAGAACCUCCAUGGAUAGUAACAAGUAACAAAUCUCGCACGUAUGUCAACCUCAAGGACAGAAUUAUGCUGCAUUGUGAAGCCACAGGGUAUCCCAAACCUAGCAUUAAAUGGCUGAUACCCAGUAGUUCAACUGCGACAUCAAGAAAGGAUUUCUUAACAAUUGAUGAAGUAACAAAGUAUGAUCAUGGUCAGUAUAAAUGUCAGGCCAGCAAUUCUGGUGGGAUAAUCGAAGAAACUUUUACAGUUGCUGUUAAUGAAAUUCCGCGAGCAAAUAUUGAUGUUGAUAGUGUUAUCACAGUAUUGGCAGGUACCCAAAAAUCAAUUCAAUGUAAAGGUUAUGGACAACCAAAACCCUCACUUCAAUGGAGUAAAAUUAAGGACAACAUGCCUAGAGAUGUGAUUAUAAGGGGUGGGACAUUGCAUUUCAGUAAAAUCCAUUCUGAACAUGCGGGAACCUACCGCUGUUUGGCUGAAAACAAAUUUGCAUCUGUGUUAUCAGAAGUUCAAAUUAUUGUUAAAGGUGAUCCUAUUGUUUCCGUUUCACCUAAAAUCUUAACGGUUAAUUUUAAAGAAGAAGCAAAGUUUUACUGCUCCGCUACAGGCUCACCUAAUCCAAAAAUAACAUGGUUAAAAUUAAAUGGUAACCUACCAGAAGAAAGAUACAUCAAACGAGAUUUUUUUCUCAUAUCAAGUGCUAAACCAUCAGAUGCAGGCACUUAUAUUUGUCGGGCUGAAAAUGAUCUUGGUAUAUCUGAGGGAUUAGUGCAGUUACAAGUUUAUGAGUUUGUUCCAAGUUUCAAUACUACCUACAAUUCUAUGAUCAUGUUCGAUAAAAUGGAAUAUGAUUUGCACACCACAAGGAUAACAAUUUCUAUGAAGCCAUUACAACCUGAAGGAUUAUUAUUCUAUAGUGGAAAGGCUUCGAAAGAUUUUAUCUCGCUUAGCCUAAGAGAUGGUUUUGUUGUAUUUCAGUAUGACCUUGGAUCUGGUCAGUCAUAUAUUAGGAGCAAGUUUAGGGUCAGUUUAAGCCAAUGGGUAACUAUUGUUGCAUCACGCGAUGAAGGCAGUGGUUAUUUACAAGUGAACAAUCAACAAAUUGUUGGUGGUAAAUCAGGAGGAAAGUACCGUAGAUUGAACUUAAACAGUGAAAUAUUUCUUGGUGGUCAUGAAAAUUAUGAUAAGAUUGUCAAGCAAAUUAAUUUAAGAAGUGGUUUUAGUGGAUGUAUUAGUCAGUUGGUUGUAAAUGGUGUAGAAAAGCAUUUUGUUUCGGAGCCCCUUCUUUUAAGAAAAGUUGUUGCUUGUAAGACGUGCAGUAAACAGUCGUGUCUGAAUGGAGGAGAGUGUUGGCCAGCCAAAACAAGAACAGGAAAGACAUGCAAGUGUCCUGCUUCUUAUACUGGUUCGCGAUGUGAAGAGCGCGUUGAGAGUUGCUAUCCUGCAGCUUGCAAAAGUGGUGGAAAAUGUACGAAUAAUGUUGGCAAUGGUUAUACUUGUAAAUGUAUUCUUGGACGAUAUGGUAAAAGAUGUGGGAAAGGACACUCUAUUACCAUACCAUCUUUUCACCGAAAGACUUAUAUUUCAUACAAGCUAACACAGUUUCUCCCCAAUUCAUUGACCGUCUCAAUUUCAUUUAAAAUUUUAACACGAGACGAUGUGGAAGUAUUUUCAAUCAAGCAAAAAUUUCGAAAUUCACAAAAGUUCUUAAAAAUUCACAUACGGAAUGGAAAAGUUGUUUUAAAGUAUGACCUUGGUGAUGGCGUUGUUGUUAUAACUACAAAGAGAAAAGUUGACAUUGGGAAAUGGAUUAAUGUUUAUGCAGAGCAGAGAAGAAGAUAUGCUUCAUUGUCUGUAAACAAUGGUCAAGCUUAUAAAACCGCCUCAUCUGGACGCCAUUACUCAUUAAGCUUAAACGCAAAGUCGACCUUGGUUAUUGGUGGUGGGAAACGAGGCGAACUUCCAGGUAUGCUUGGUUGUAUUCGAGAAUUGAUUAUGAAUGGGAAAAGAAUAAAUUUAGCAGAAGAUUUCAUCGAAGCAAAAUAUUAUUCCAGUUGUUAUAAAUUCAAUUCACCAUGUUUGUCUCAACCAUGUCUCCAUGGUGGUACAUGUCACAUCAUUUCAAAAGAAUCUUUUAAAUGUAAAUGUUUGUCAAAGUAUAGCGGAAAAACAUGCGAUAAACGUGUGAAAUCAUGUGGAAGAUAUCCUGACUGUAACAAUGGUGGAAAAUGUUCCAAUAAGACAAGGAAAGGAGACCUCUGCAUGUGCCCAAUUGGGUAUACGGGAACAUCAUGUGAAAAAGCAACCUCAAUCGGUGAUGCUAUCUUAUUCAAUGAAGAGAGCUUUUUGGUUUAUCCGAAAAGUCUAAUAAGAAGAGUGGAAAGAAGUCGCAUUCUCAUUUCCAUGAAAACACGAGAACAAAAUGGCUUGUUGUUGUGGUUCGGUCAGAACAUUGAUAUUAGUCCCGACUUUUUGCUUCUUGGAUUACGUAAUGGGUACUUUGAAGUGCAAUAUGAAUUGGGAAGUGGUCUUGCAGAAGGAAGAAGUCAUACUCGUGUUAGUGAUGGUGAAUGGCACGAUGUUGAGAUUACCAGAAAUGGACCUACAUUGGGCUGUAGUAUUGACGGCAAACGAGAAUUCACGAUUUAUUCUGAAGGUCGGAACAGAAAUCUUGAUGUUUAUUCCAACUUAAUCUUAGGUGGAGGUGAGGAUGUUUCAGUUUUGUCCCGAAGAAAAUUUUCUCGUGGUUUUCAAGGCUGUGUCAAAGAUUUUAAAGUUGAAGGAAGAUCGAUAGAUUUUAACAGCAAACCAGAAAGAGGUUUUAAUAUUUAUCCUUGCGAAAAGUAUACUUAAAAUUGUAUAAAAAAAUUUUUAAAAGAAAUUUAUUUUUACUAUUUUUAUACAUUAAAGAAAAUUCAUGAUAAUAUAACUAAGCUACUUGCUAUAACACGAUUUGUAAUCUACGAUACAAAAUGUUUUUGCAUUUGUUUACAUGUAAAACUGUGUCUUCUUUGUUGGAUUUUUACUUCGCCUCUUUUUUAACGCAAAAAAAAAAAAAAAUCAAUUCUAUCGAAUUAGAAUUUAUAAAACUCAUGGUAACUUUCUUUUUGACAGUGGUAUAUAAAUGGCAUUAAGACAUCUUUAUUUUGCUAUUUUUUACUUCACUUAAUUUAUUUCUAAAUUCAUUCUGCAUUUUAUAUAAUCUUAUAUUGUGCAUUAAAAUUUUUCCUCUCAAAGCCACUACUUCUUAAAAGUCCUGCAGUGGAAUACACUCCUGAAAAUUUGAGAAAAUUCCUGGAAAAUAACAUUUUCAUUCUUUUUUUUUUUGACUAGAUCUAUUUUACCAUUCUCUAAGUUAUAAAAGCUUCUAACGUUUUCCUUGUUAUAAUUCCUGUUUUGUCAAACUAACUCAAAAAAAUGGAAAACACCUGGAAUUUUCCUACUGAAAAUGAGUGGCGUUCCUGUCUUAAUAUAUGUUGAGUUUUUCAUAUAUCAACCGGUAUUGUAAAGUCAGUUUUACUUUUACAUUAUUUUGAGACUAACUUGCAUGCCUUGCUCUUUAAACAGAAGUUAGUAGUAUAAAAGUAAAUAAAAAGUUCAGAGACUGAUAUUUACAAUGGUUGAAAUCUGUUUUUAUCGAUGUAAAUGGUUUUAACCUAAAGUUUGUCGCUUACCUUGUAUUGUUGCUUACCCUUUUUACUUAAAGGAUUGGUGGAGAAUGAAAAUGACAUAUAUACUCUGUAAUAUGCUAUACCAGCUACACCAUGUAACAUCGGUGAACUAUCCGUAGUAUAUUUUGCGCGAAUGGGUUUUUGUUACAUUUUUGUAUAUAUCCUAUUUUAACUUUAGCAGAUAUGAGCAAAUAAAGAAAACCUAUAUAUGUGAAAGUUAGUAAAAGUUAGGUGCUAUUACUAUGGGCUACAUAUACAGUGGCAAUAGAAGCGUAGCAGCUUGUUACCUUGCUUCUUGUGUGUUCGCACCAAUUUUAGGACCAAACUUUCGCUGUCAUAAAGUUUGAAGGAAAUUUGUAACAUUUUUGCAUUUUAAAACUUAGUACGUAUACUUUUUUUAAGUAGAUUUUUUGUGCAGAAUUUGAUGGAUAAGGAAAUUUUGUCGUUUAAAAUUUUGUAAGAAUUGCUUUCACCAACUACGAAUGUGGGGAACGUUUUUCACCACUAAAGUUUUUGAAUAGUUUUGAUAGAUAUGUUCGAUGUGCUCUUUCGUAUAUUUAUACUGUUUUUUCCUGCAAAUCCGUUAAACGCCAUUACCAAUGCCGCAACGAAAGAUUAAUUGGCCAUCAGCUGCAAAAGAAAAACGAAGUUCUUUGGUUGCCACAAACGUUGGAAAUUUUUUUCUGGAUUAAAGACAGAGACUUUAGGCUAGCCAUUCCCAAGGGAGAGCAUUACGCUUACAUAAUAUUGUGUGAAUAAAAUCUUAUUGUUACGCAAUGAACUAACCGCAAGUUUUCUCUUUUUUAAAUGUAUCGUUUCGAUGA